AUGAUGAAAACCGUCUUCGUUUGCGCACUGAUCGUCGCAGCAGCCCACUGUGAUGUUGUGGACAACGUGAAGAAUGCAGCCGCAGGUGUGGGCGAUUUUUUCGGUGAUAAAUUCGGUGAUUUCAAAUCACUCUUCGCGAACAACGAGGCGGAUCUGGAGAAGAAUGUGCAGAGUGUGAAAGGUCUGUUGACGACUAUCGCUAGCAAAGCAUCGGUUCUGAAACCACUCGCAAAUGAUGCUCAAAAGGCGGCAUUGAGUAAAGUCGGUGAAAUGACCAGUCAAGUGGACAACUUCCAAAAUAAGAUGAAAACAGAUGCUGGUCAAACGUUCGAGGAGAAGAAAAGCGAAUGGGCGAAACUCGUUCAAAAGCUUUUCCAAGCCGAAGGUCUGUCGAAGCUGAUCGAACUCGUCAAAUCCACCGGAAAUGGUGUUUCACCGAUGCUCGCCACAACGCUUUCGUUCAUUGUUCCACUUGUACUUGUAUUCCGAUACUGA